AUGUCGCCACCUAGAAAGUCGUUCGAGAUAGCAAUCGUGGGUGGUGGUAUAGCUGGCUUGACUCUCGCAAUAGCGUUGCGUAAUCGCGAUGUUGCUGUCAAGAUUUAUGAGCAGGCACCCAGAUUUGGAGAGAUCGGGGCGGGCGUCUCCUUUACGGCGAAUGCUAUCCAGGCUAUGGACAUUUGCGGACCUGGUGUCUACCAAGCCUUCGACAAAGUGGCAACCCGCAAUGGUUGGACAAGCAAAUCUAAAGUCUGGUUCGAUUAUCUCGACGGCACUAAAUCGGAAACAUCGGUAGAUGGCAAGCCGAUCCAUCAGAAGCCAGAAUUCGUAAUCAAAAGCGAGAUUGGCCAGAAUGGUGUUCAUAGAGCUCACUUUCUCGACGAGCUGGUCAAGCUCGUACCAGCAGAUAUAGCCGCCUUCGGUAAAAAGCUCAUCUCUCUGGAUGACAGCCAGUCAGCAAAAGGUGGCAAGCUUAUCAUGAACUUCGAGGACGGGACGGCUGCGGAGGCUGAUGCUGUCGUUGGUUGCGAUGGGAUCAAAAGUCGAGUCCGAGCAGCCAUGUUCGGAGACGAUCAUCCUGCGACAAGACCAGUAUACACUCACAAGUAUGCCUAUCGAGCACUGGUACCAAUUGACAAGGCAGUCGAAGUGCUCGGUGAAGAGAACGCGAAGAACGCUUGUAUGCAUAUGGGCCCUGGAGCUCACGUUCUGACUUUCCUUGUCCAACAUGGUGAAUUUAUGAAUGUAGUCGCGUUCAAGACGAACCCCGAUGACUGGCCCGACUACACUCGUUUGACGCGGCCUGCGAAGCGGGAAGAUGCCCUUCGCGACUUUGGCGACUUUGGCCCAAGCAUCAUUGCGCUGCUGAAGUUAGCCAAACCAGAACUUGACUGUUGGGCCAUCUUUGAUCUUCACGACAAUCCAGUCCCUUCAGUCAACAAGGGCCGUAUACUGCUGGCCGGUGAUGCGGCACAUGCAACGUCGCCGCACAAAGGGUCUGGUGCGGGCUUGGCAAUUGAGGACAGUGCUGUGCUUGCUGAGCUGCUUGCGGACGAGAAGGUUACCAGUGCAGCAGAUCUCGACACCGUCUUUACCACCUUCAACAAGCUGCGCAAGGAGCGUGGACAGUGGUUGGUCAAAGCUAGUCGCCGCGCUGGUGACCUUUACGAGUGGCGUGCUGAAAAUGUUGGCAAGAACUUCGAGAACAUUGAGGAGGAAAUCAACCGGAGUAACGCAGUCAUCUCCCAGGUGAACGUCCGUGAGAUGUGUAAUGAGGCCACUGAGGCCUUGGCCAGUGCCCUGGGCAGUCAGCAGAAGGCGCAGCUGUAG